AUGGAUCCCUCCGAUACCGUACAUCCGGCCAAUGUUGACGACCGCGAGGACUUUCUUUCUGGUCCGAACAGAAGGGGAAGAGAAAAUUCCAAAUCACCGCCAAUGUGUUUGCUUUAUGGACAUAUCCUGGCUGAAAAUCAGCCUUCCGACGACGCCGCUUUCGGGAAGCAAGAUCUUUAUUGUUCGUUUGAAGCCAAUGGAGUAAUCCUCGGUGGCCAAGAGAACGAACAAGGCCAAUGUGUUUUCGAUAUAUACUUUUCGCAAGAUAAUCGUGAUUAUCUGGUGAAAUUAGUUUUUGGUCCAAUGCUUGAAUUAUCUGAUGAAGAUUCGCAGCAAGAAGAAAGAGAAUUAGAAAGUGAUUUCUACUGUGAUGAUGGAGAAGAAACUUAUGAAGAUUACGAGAACGAUUCUGAUGAAGAAAUUUUCGAAGAUGAACAGAGUGACGAUCCAGAACUUACCGGUUAUCGCGUUUGUAAUUUAUAUUUUCCUGGAGAACGUUACUAUGUUGUCCGAUUAGUUUUUGAGGAAGAAGAAGGAGAAGAUAGGUUUCUUGAGGAAGAUGAUAGGUUUCUUUUCAAGAAACUACAGCGAGCAGCGGAAAUUUCAUAUGACGGAGAAGAAGAAGAAGAAGAAGAAGAAAUUCCGGCAACCGACGAUAAAUCCUCCGGUGAUUUACCGGAAAUUGUAUCGGAGAAUUCAAGUAAACUGAUGGAAUUAAAGAUCGAAGAACAUGACGAUGAUGUUAGAAUCGAGCAUCCAGAAACGGCAAAAGGAACCGAAAACGGAAAUAAUGAUCAAGAUCAAUCGUCUGGUAAUUUCGUCGAUCCUCUGAUUAUAUUAGAACAACAGAAUCAUCUAAUAACAAGGAUUGUUGCUGUUUAA